AUGCAUACUCCUGCCCAAGCCGAGAGACCAAGGGUCCAUGUGCUCGGACUCGGAAGUAUUGGGACAUUCGCGGCACACUCUCUACUUGAAUGUCCUAGACCUCCUUCCGUGACCCUUCUUUGCCACCGCCAAUCCCUCUUCGACGCCUACCGCCAAAACGGAAAUCAAAUCCUUCUAGAGACAAGAGAAGGAGAUAGGAUCGGACAUACAGGAUAUGAGUUUGAAGUCUUCCGUAACGGAAACUGGUACCAAGGCUCAGACGCGGAGGGCAGUGGUGAUUCCGCGCAGAAUAGUGUGAUUGAAAACCUCAUAGUAGCCGUAAAGACUACACAGACAGUCUCUGCUCUACGACCCUUGCAACAUCGCCUUACCCCCAAUUCCAACAUCCUAUUCCUUCAAAAUGGCAGUGGCACGAUCGACGAAGUCAACACGCAACUCUUCCCCAAUCCGAUCGAUCGCCCGAACUAUAUAGUCGGAGUCAUCUCUCAUGGCGUCACACUACACAAGUCCUUCCAUGUCACACACACCGGGCACGCAGCGACGUCACUCGGCCCGAUCCCCAGAUCGACAGAAGACCCAACCCAAACAUUCGAAAACGCCUCAAGUUACCUCCUCGCCAAUCUCCCCCUCUCACCGCGUCUAAAUGCCACCUCAUACACCCACACCGAAAUUCUCCAAAUCCAGCUGGAAAAGCUAGCCGUCAACGCAUUCUGCAACCCAUUGUGUGCCUUGAAUGACGCCGAGAACGGCUUCCUUUUCUCAAUCCCCGAAACGAGACUCGCGAUCUUGACGGAGAUCUCGAAUGUGGUAUGCGCACUACCAGAGCUGCAACACGUUUCAGACCUCAAGCAGCGGUUUGCAGUCGACAAGCUAGAAGCAACCGUCAAUGCGAUCAUCGAGAAAACGUUCCAUACUACGUGUUCAAUGGUGUGGGACCUUCGGGCGGGGCGCGAAACAGAAAUUAAGUUCAUUAAUGGGUAUUGGGUGAAACGGGGUCUGGAAGUUGGGGUUCCAACACCUGUCAAUGAGAGUCUUGUGGCAAAGGUUAGGCUGAAAGAGCGAAGGAAUUGA